CUACAGGAUAAGGAGCGUUUGGGCAAGCAGCUGAAGUUACAGGCCGAAAAAGAGGAAAAGGAGAAGCUAAAAGAGGAGGCCAAGCGUGCCAAGGAAGAAGCCAGGAGGAGGAGAGAGGAAGAGAAAGAGCUGAAGGAGAAGGAGAGGCGCGAAAAAAGGGAGAAGGAAGAAAAGGAGAAGGCGGAGAAGCAGCGGCUCAAGGAGGAGCGGCGUAAGGAGCGGCAGGAGGCCCUGGAGGCUAAGCUGGAGGAGAAGAGGAAAAAGGAAGAGGAGAAACGGCUGAGAGAGGAAGAAAAGCGCAUUAAAGCAGAGAAAGCUGAAAUCACGAGGUUCUUCCAGAAACCAAAGACUCCACAGACCCCCAAGACGCUGGCCGGCUCCUGUGGCAAGUUUGCCCCUUUUGAAAUUAAAGAGAACAUGGUCCUCGCCCCUCUUUGUCGGACCACCUUUGACCAAGACCUCUGUGAUCAGUUAGACCAGCUCCUGCAGCAACAGAGUGGCAACUUCUCCUUCCUAAAAGAUCUGAAAGGCCGGCGGCCCCUCAGGUCUGGACCCACCGUGGUUUCUAACCGGAAUGCGGACAUUUUUAACAGUGAUGUGGUGAUAGUGGAAAGCAGCAAAGUAGAUGGCAUUCCUGAAAGGAAGAAGUUUGGCAGGAUGAAGCUCCUGCAGUUUUCUGAGAAUCACCGACCAGCAUAUUGGGGGACAUGGAAUAAGACGACGACGGUCAUCCAUCCAAGGGACCCCUGGGCCCAAGACAGGAAGCUCCUGGACUAUGAGGUGGACAGUGAUGAUGAGUGGGAAGAGGAGGAGCCAGGAGAGUCUCUCUCUCACAGUGAAGGGGAUGAUGAUGAUGAAGUAGAAGAUGAAGAUGAGGAUGAUGGUUUUUUCGUACCUCAUGGGUACCUGUCUGAGGAUGAGGGAGUAACUGAGGAGUGUGCUGACCCCGAGAACCACAAGGUCCGCCAGAAGCUGAAGGCCAAGGAGUGGGACGAGCUUUUAGCCAAGGGAAAGCGGUUCCGCGUGCUCCAGCCCGUGAAGAUUGGCUGCAUCUGGGCGGCAGACAAGGAUGGCAGCGCCGACCUGAAGGUGCUAGAGCAGUUCACGGCAUGCCUUCUAGAGACAGUUCUCCCCGAGGAGGAGCAGACACCUAAGGCCUCCAAGAAAAAGAAGAGGGACCAGCACAUCUUGGCCCAGUUGCUCCCGCUGCUACACGGGAAUGUGAAUGGAAGCAAAGUCAUCAUCCGGGAAUUCCAGGAAUGCUGCCGCCAAGGACUGCUUGGCAAGGACACUAGCAGUCCUGAGAGCAGCUCCGCCAGCCCUCCGAGCCCUGGCUCUUCCCGCCCGCAGACCCCCACCACCAGCGAGGACAAUGCCGUCCCCUCCAAGGCCAGGCUCAAGCGUAUUAUUUCCGAGAACUCGGUGUACGAGAAGAGGCCUGAUUUCAGGAUGUGCUGGUACGUCCACUCACAGGUGCUGAAGAGCUUUGAUCAGGAGCACCUGCCCGUGCCGUGCCAGUGGAGUUAUGUCACUAUGGUGCCCUCAGCCACCAGGGAGGACAGUGGCAGCAUCCCCACCCCAGGGCCCAGCCAGGGGACACCCAUCUCGCUAAAGAGGAAGUCAGCAGGAAGCAUGUGCAUCACUCAGUUCAUGAAGAAGCGCAGGCAUGAUGGGCAGGUCGGAGCUGGGGACCUGGAUGGCUUCCAGGCAGACACGGAGGAGGAGGAGGAAGAGGAUGGUGACUGUGUGAUGAUGGACAUCUCGGAUAUUGCUGAGGCCCAGGACCCUUGUGUAACCACUCCCAGUGCUGGAAGGCCUGUGGGAAUGGACACCAGCGAGAGCCCCAUGCCCUCCAACUCACUCAGCCCCUCCUGAGCACCCCAAACUGGCUGGCGUGUGUAUGUAGAAUGGUUAGGGUUUUCUCAGAUGCUUCUCAGAUACUUGAAAGUCCUAUGAUUCCUGUGUAAAGAGCACUUUGUCCUGCUUCGCAUACGCCCCCUCAAGGGUUGGAAAGUAUAUAGGAUGCUUGAUUCAUUCUUUUUUAUAUUUGUAAAAAUUUCCCCUCGAAGCUGCAUACUAAUCUGCCCUUUAAUAAAGCAUUAUCGCAGUGUGUUGGCCUGUACGGGGAAUCCCAAUUGUGCCCUAAGGAUCCUGAGCAGGCACUAUGAUGAAAUGCUUAUAAAUGAACUGGAGCCUGCCGGUGUCGUGUGGCACCAGGACUGACAUGGAUAUGUAUAAACUUAUUGUCUAGCCCUGA